AUGGCGACGCUCAUCCGCAGCAAGAUCUCCAAUGUGGCCACCUCGGUUUCCAACAAGUCCCAGGCGAAAGUCAGCGGCAUGUUCGCCCGCAUGGGCUUCCAGGCGGCUACGGACGAAGAGGCGGUGGGCUUUGCCCACUGCGACGACCUGGAUUUCGAGCACCGGCAAGGGCUGCAGAUGGACAUCUUGAAAUCCGAGGGCAGCGACGAAGGAGGGGAGCCGCCCUUGGAAGGGGACAUCCACUACCAGCGGGACGGCACGGGGCCCCUGCCCCCCUCCAGCUCCAAGGACGAGGGGGUGUGCUCCGAGCUGUCCGGCCAAGGAAAGCCCAAGAUCACAGCCUGGGAGGCCGGCUGGAAUGUCACCAACGCCAUCCAGGGGAUGUUUGUUCUCGGCCUGCCCUAUGCUAUUCUUCAUGGCGGAUACCUAGGACUCUUUUUAAUUAUUUUUGCAGCAGUGGUUUGCUGUUAUACUGGGAAAAUCCUUAUUGCCUGUCUUUACGAAGAGAAUGAAGAUGGGGAGGUAGUCAGGGUGAGAGACUCCUAUGUGGACAUUGCUAAUGCUUGCUGCACUCCCAGGUUUCCCUCGCUUGGGGGCAGGAUUGUGAAUGUGGCUCAGAUCAUAGAGUUGGUCAUGACCUGUAUUCUCUAUGUGGUGGUCAGUGGAAACCUGAUGUACAACAGCUUCCCUAACUUGCCAGUCUCCCAGAAAUCCUGGUCCAUCAUUGCCACCGCAGUUCUCCUGCCUUGUGCUUUCUUGAAGAACCUCAAGGCCGUCUCCAAGUUCAGCUUGCUCUGCACCUUGGCCCAUUUUGUGAUCAACGUUUUGGUGAUUGCCUACUGCCUCUCCAGAGCCCGUGACUGGGCAUGGGACAAAGUCAAGUUUUACAUCGAUGUGAAGAAGUUCCCCAUCUCCAUUGGCAUCAUCGUCUUCAGCUACACCUCGCAGAUCUUUCUGCCUUCCUUGGAAGGGAAUAUGCAGAACCCCAAGGAGUUCCACUGCAUGAUGAACUGGACUCACAUAGCUGCUUGCAUCCUGAAGGGUCUCUUUGCCUUGGUGGCUUAUCUGACCUGGGCGGAUGAGACAAAAGAAGUCAUCACAGACAACCUGCCGUCUACCAUUAGGGCUGUGGUUAACCUUUUCUUGGUGGCCAAAGCCUUGCUCUCCUAUCCGCUGCCCUUCUUUGCGGCUGUGGAAGUUCUGGAAAGAUCCCUUUUCCAGGAUGGAAGCAGGGCCUUCUUCCCUAACUGCUACGGGGGUGAUGGGAGGCUCAAAUCCUGGGGGCUCACCCUCAGGUGUGCCCUAGUCGUUUUCACAUUGUUGAUGGCCAUCUAUGUCCCCCACUUUGCCCUUUUGAUGGGCCUCACAGGGAGCCUCACUGGUGCAGGCCUCUGUUUCCUCCUUCCCAGCCUCUUCCACCUCAAGCUCUUGUGGAGGAAGCUGUUGUGGCACCAUGUCUUCUUCGAUGUGGCCAUUUUUGUAAUAGGUGGUAUAUGCAGUGUGUCUGGGUUCAUUCAUUCUUUAGAAGGUCUCAUUGAGGCUUUUAGAACCAAUUCGGAAGACUAA